AUGAAUGUCAUGGAGAAUGAAAAUUUAAACCAGGCUGUGGUGACAGUUGAUAAGGAUUCUUUAGACAGCAAGAUAAAUGAGGAUUUGCAGCAGUUCACAGGAACAAAUAUGACGGAAGACACCAAUUUAAGACAGGCUCUAGUAGCAGCUUUGAGCAGGGGUAUUUGUAAAGACAUCUGUGAGUUUAAUCGUAAACAGAAGAGCUUACAUAAUAAUGUACAAGGGUCACCAGUUGACAAUCAGGCAUAUACAAAUGGAUCAGUAGGGUGUGAGCCAGAUGCAAGAGCUGAUGCCAGAGAAAGGUUGUAUCCAUUAGCCAAAGUUAAGACUGAAGGAAGUUCAUUUCUAUUUGCUAAAGUUAAGACUGAAGGAAGUUCAUUUCCAUUUACACACAUUAAAACUGAGCAUGACACAUCGGAUACAGACACAGCUUAUUCAUCAGAAAUAGAAACCACUUUGGAAUCACAGGUAGAGCUUCAGCCUUACAAUGAUUUAGGUGCACGGAAUACUGGGUCAUCACUGUCAGUUAUUAAGAAAGAACUAGGGGCAGAUAAUGCUGAAACUCAUCCUGAUCAGCCUAUCAGAAGUGGGCUGCAGUUAAACAAUAUCAAGAUGUGCAGUGUAUUGUUGAGCCAUCAAAAUACACCUUUAGUCGCAGAUCCUUACCCUGUCACUCGGGUCAAGUCUAUACCUGCUAGAAACACAUCUCUGAAGAAUUUUAAGCAUACAAAAGGGACAUCUGCCAAGGAAAAGGCAUCAGCCAAAAAG